UUCUUUUUUUUUUCUUUUCAUCAACCAUGGGUAAUAAUGUCUCUUCUUCAAAAAAGAGCGCAAAGAAGCGAGCAACAAAGAGCAAGAGUAUGCCUCUACCUCCUCGUAUUGAAGUAGAUCAUGAACAUGCUAAUAAUACAGCGCAUUCCGUGAAUUCUAUCUUGCUGACUUCCAAGAGUAACAAGAGCAAUAAUAACAAUAACCAAAAUACACUGGCACAACUGAAUCCGGAUUAUCCCUUGUCCAGUAAUAAAGAAAGCGUGGACCCCUUCCAAGGCAAAGUGGAAAACCCUCAACAACAUAAAUUACUCGCUACUUCUGAUUUCUGGCCUCCUCAACAAGACGGAGGACAAGAGGAUCAUCAAUUGACAGUAGGGUCUAUGAACCAACUGACAGUGGGUUCGAUGAACCAACUGACGGUCAACUCCAUCUCGAGUGAUUAUUCUUCCACUACCAACAUUGAUGAAUACAUUAGCCGGUUAUUGGAAGCAGGGUACGCUAGUAAAGUGUCUAAACAACUCUGCUUAAAGCAUUCGGAAGUGACAGCCAUUUGUAGAGCAGCCAUGGAUAUAUUUUUAAGUCAACCUUCCUUAUUAGAGUUAUCACCACCUGUCAAGGUCGUGGGUGAUACGCAUGGACAAUAUACCGACCUGAUCCGACUAUUUGAAAUGGGAGGAUUUCCACCCAGUUCCAAUUAUCUGUUCUUGGGUGAUUAUGUCGACCGAGGUAAACAAAGUUUGGAGAACAUGCUCUUGUUAUUUUGUUACAAGAUCAAAUACCCCGAGAAUUUCUUUCUCUUAAGAGGCAAUCAUGAAUGUGCCAAUGUAACCAAAGUGUAUGGGUUCUAUGAUGAAUGCAAGCGUCGUCUCAGUCCCAAAAUGUGGCGUACAUUUGUGGAUGUCUUUAAUACCCUACCCAUUGCCGGUUUAGUGGCUGGUAAGAUAUUUUGUGUGCAUGGUGGAUUAUCACCUUCUUUACAUGAUAUGGAUGAAAUUCGUCAGAUCCAAAGACCUACGGAUGUACCUGAUUAUGGUCUACUGAAUGAUUUGCUCUGGUCCGACCCUGCGGAUGUGGAAGAUUGGGAGGAUAAUGAACGUGGUGUCUCCUACGUCUUUGGUAAGAAAGUGAUUAAUGAAUUCUUGACGAAAUUCGACCUGGAACUCGUUUGUCGAGCUCACAUGGUGGUCGAAGACGGGUAUGAAUUCUUUGCCGAUCGUUCCCUCGUUACCGUCUUUUCCGCACCGAAUUAUUGUGGCGAGUUUGAUAAUUUUGGGGCCAUCAUGAACGUCAAUGAAGAAUUAUUAUGUAGUUUUGAAUUAUUAACUCCCGCUGAUCAUCCGCUUGCCAAAGAACGAUUAAAGCAAACAAAGAAGAAAUAAAAUAAAAAAGAAGUAAAAAAAAAA